AUGGCGGGGAACGGUAACGGAAACGGCGAUUUCUCCUUGAAAGAGACAAGUCCCAAGAUCGGUAAUGGUGGUGGUAACGGCGGCGAGAAGCUGACGUCAUCGUUCGAUCUCGUGGAGGCGAUGCAUUUCCUCUACGCACGAAUCGUACGUGCUCGAGACUUACCGGUCAAUGACUCUUUCGUUGAGGUCAAAAUCGGAAGCUAUAAAGGAAGAACAAAACAGAGCCUAAACCCUAACCCUAACCCUGAGUUUCACGAAGUCUUCGCCUUCACGAAAACUCGUCUUCAAGGGAAUAUCUUAGAAGUAAUCGUAAGAAAGAGAGAUGGAUCGAACAACGACGAAGAGAUUAUCGGGAAAUGUAAGUUCGAUUUGGCCGAAAUUCCUACUCGUGUCCCUCCUGAUAGUCCAUUAGCUCCUCAAUGGUAUAGAUUGGAAGAUAGAAAUGGAAUCAAAAUCAAUGGAGAGGUUAUGUUAUCUGUCUGGAUUGGGACACAAGCCGACGAAGUUUUCCCGGAGGCUUGGCAUUCGGAUUCAGCGACAGUGACGGGAGAGAACGUGGUGAACACGCGAUCUAAAGUUUAUCUUUCUCCGAGGCUUUGGUACUUACGAGUUAACCUAAUCGAAGCUCAGGAUUUGGUCCCGUUGCAUCAGAACCGGACCAAUCCUGAGAUUCUGAUUAAAGGGUUUCUCGGCAACGUUGUUGUGAGGAGUCGGAUUUCGCAGUCGAAGAGUCUGAAUCCUGUCUGGAAUGAGGAUAUGAUGUUUGUAGCGGUUGAGCCGUUUGAGGACAGUUUGGUGAUUACCGUGGAAGACAAGGUAGGGCAAAGAGAAGAGUGUUUAGGAAGGUGUGAGAUAAAGUUAUCUCAGGUUGAGAGAAGAGUAUUACCUGGACCUUUACCGGCUUUGUGGUACAAUGUUGAACAUAUCAGUGAAGCCGGAGCAACGAAGAGAUUCGCCGGGAGGAUUCAUUUGCGUGUUUCUUUGGACGGAGGUUAUCACGUUCUUGAUGAAUCAAUUCAGUAUAGCAGCGAUUACAGAGCUUCUGCUAAACUUCUGUGGACUCCAGCUAUUGGUGUAUUGGAGCUAGGAGUGUUAAACGCUACGGGUUUAUUGCCGAUGAAGUCACGAGACAGUCGAGGCACGACUGAUGCGUAUUGUGUAGCGAAAUACGGAGCAAAAUGGGUGAGAACAAGGACGAUCGUAGACACUUUCAACCCGAAAUGGAACGAGCAGUAUACUUGGGAAGUCUAUGAUCCAUAUACGGUGAUAACUAUCGGAGUAUUCGAUAAUCUGAAUCUGUUUGGUGCGGGUAAUGAAAACCGUUUGAUCAAGGAUUCAAGGAUUGGGAAGAUCAGGAUACGCUUAUCGACCCUUGUAACCUCGAAGAUCUACACGCAUUCUUACCCUUUAAUGGUUUUAAAACCAGAAGGGGUCAAGAAAAUGGGUGAGAUUCAGCUCGCGGUUAGGUUCACCACGACAUCAAUGAUCGAUAUGCUUCAGAAAUACACAGAGCCGUUGCUUCCGCAAAUGCAUUACGUAUCUCCAUUGUCUGUUUACCAAUUAGAAAGCCUUAGACAUCAAGCGACUCACAUUCUCUGUCUCAAGCUAGGACGCAACGAGCCAGCACUAGGAAGAGAUGUGGUUGAAUAUAUGCUCGAUGUGGGAUCAAACAUUUGGAGUUUGAGAAGAGGAAGAGCGAAUUUCGAACGUCUUAUCGCAUUUUUCGAUGGUUGGAUCGAUGCUUGGAGAUGGUUCGACGGAAUUUGCAAAUGGGAAACCCCCGUAACGACGGUCUUGAUCCAUAUCGUCUUCUUGUUCGCUGUUUUUUUCCCAAAGCACUGCGUUUUCUCGUUGCUAUUGUACUGCAUUGUGUUCGGUUUAUACAGGUUCGGUUUGAGACCAAAACAUCCUCCACACAUGGAUGUAAAGCUGUCCAAAGCUGAUUCAGCUUCGGCUGAUGAGCUAGAAGAGGAGUUUGAUACGUUUCCUAGCGCGAAAUCGGGCGAUGUACUGAAGAAAAGGUAUGAUAGGUUACGUGGGAUCGCGGGGAGGAUGAUGAUCGUGUUGGGAGAUUUGGCUACACAAGGAGAGAGAGUGAAGAGCUUGUUGAGUUGGAGAGAUCCAAGAGCAACGUCUCUGUUCUUAACCUUCUGUUUUGUUUCAUGUGGAGUGAUUUGUUUAGUCUCCAUGAAGUUAUUGCUCACGUUUCUUGGGUUCUACGUCAUGAGACAUCCUAGGGUUAGGGUUUUCGAUAUACCUUCUAUUCCUCAGAAUUUCUUCAGGAGAUUGCCAUCAAGAGCUGAUAGCAUCUUGUAA